UACACGUCAUUGGUCGUUGCUGAUGUGAUCCAAUGUGAUCGUACUUCGUAAAUUUUUACUUGCAAAAUGCGAAUUUGAGAUUAUUUGGACACGAAUUAUUGACAUUAGCAAUCAAAAUCUUUUUUGUGCAAACGAAAUGGAGGCGUUGUAUCACCAAACCAAUAAAUUAAUACAAGAAACGCAGCAUAUUUUCUCGCAGCUCGAGAGAAAGACAUCCGACACGGAUUUGCAGGAAGUGAGGCAAACUAUCGAGGACAAAAUCACUCUUAUCAACAGUAAUUGCGAACGACUCGACGUACUAUGCCUCAAGGGUCCAAUGUCGCAAAGGCAGAACAACAGGAUGAGAGUGGAUCAGCUCAAGUAUGAUAGUCGUCAUCUCAGCGCCGCCUUGAGCUCCUGGUACAAUCGCGUGAUGCGGCAACAGAGAGAGGAGGCAGAGAGAGAGGCUUUACUGGCCAGGAAGUUUACCACUAAUGACCACGUGGACAUCUUCAUUGAUCACACUGUGCAGCAUAAUAACAGCUUGCACAACGCUGUCCAUGGUAUAGAUGACCUAUUGCACCAAGGCAGCAACGUUUUGGAUAACUUGAGAUCUCAGAGAAUAACGUUAAAGGGAGCCCACAAACGUUUGAUAGACAUUGGUAAUACUUUGGGUCUGUCCAAUACUACUAUGAGGCUUAUAGAGCAACGAGCUAAGCAAGAUGGAUUUAUUUUAGUUGCCGGUAUGACCUUCACUUGUAUAGUAAUUCUUUUGGUGAUAAUUUACCUUACUUAGACAUUCCAAAGAUUAGUAUAAUGUAUUUAUGAUUGUAAUUGUGUGAUUUAUGCCAUUUAUAUAUAUUUAUUAGUUUUCAUCACAAUUACUAUCAAUGCUUAUGAAAAAGAUAAUAAUCUUUGUAGCUAUUUAGGGCUACGUUCCAAAACUUCCUUUCCGGGGAAAAUUUUACUCGAAAUAUAUGGUACACAUAACGUAUACUACAGCAUAUAGAGUAAAAUCUUCGGAGAGGAAGUUUUGAAACGUAGUCUAAGAUUAUUUUUACUCAAGCAUCAAUUUACUGUAAGCUGUAAGAAUAUUAUGUACAUAAAUAUAG